AUGGUCUUGACGGGCAGCAUCGAUGCUGCCGCAGCAGAAAUUGGGAAGCGGGUAGCAGACGUAGAGGACGAUCAGGAGGAUUCUCAGACUCAGCCAGGAGUCUCCAGAGGGCUGAAAGCACACAGAAGCCUCGAGCACCUCAGCGAGCUCCAGACCGCCGUAUUGCGUAAUCUUACCCAAAGGCAGCUGCUCUCAGUAAUUGACGGCCUGCUGGAGGGUCAGGCUCUCGAUCAACUUCUUAAUGAGACAUCCCCGCAAGUGGCUGCCAGAGUGCAGCAAGCAGCAGCAGAGCAGGCAGCAGCGGAGCGCGAUGCAGCGGAUGUUGCGGCAGAAGCAGCGGCCGCUUCUGCUGCCGCUGCUGCUUCUGCAGCAGCAGCGGCGGCAUACAGAUCGGACUCUCGAGAUUCUUUAUCUGCAGAUAGCUUCGUCCAUCUGGCAAAGUUUGUUCCUUUGAGACUCACAUAUGAUGAGCGGCGUUUCCUCCGUUUGCUGGAGGGUUCCCUGGAGGUAUCCGAAUAUACCGACCGGACAGACGUCAUUUGUGCAAAUCGUGCAAGGCGUAUCGUGAAAGAAAUUCGGCUCGUCUGCUCAAUACUUACGGGCCUUGUUGUUUCACACGAUUAUGAGCAAUCGCUUUUUUUCCAGGCCGUCUUUGAAAUCGGCAGGCGCUAUAAAAUCCUCAAUCCUGAGCGCAUGCGAUCGGCAUACGGCAAGCUGAUACAUUUUCUAAUGGACAGCCAAAAACCCGACAUCCAGCAGCUCCUCCAAUUUCAGCUCGUCACGCCUGUGCAUACGGUGUACUCGCUGCUUGCUUCAAAGAAGAACGGCUUGGCGCUGCUGAAAGACCCUCUUGUACGGGUUGCGACUCGCGAAAUUAUGCCUGAAAAGAAGAGCAGGAGUCAGAUUGACAGAGAGAUUAAGGAGAAGGAGGCUGCCGUUAAAGCCCUCAGCAGGAAAUAUGCCGGCAACCAAACUCCUAAGCAAAGAGCUCUCUUUGGGCUUCGCUUUAAUUUGUUCUCCCGGGUGGAGCCUGAAAACUCGUGUUUGGUUUUAUCCUCGGAAAGGGAAGACUCCGUCCUCACCGCCGAAGAAAUUGAGCAGUGCCUGUAUUCUUUGGGAGAUUACAAUACGCAUUUGCGAUUCAGCAGAGGGCCGUGCGACCGGAUGAUUCAGUUCCUUCAUGAAUACUUCUCGCCAGACAGCCCUUCUGAUGAGUUCUCCUUGGCGAUUUCCCAUGGAAGCGGAGGUUCUCGACUGACGCACUCUCACAGAGUACAGGAGGCACCCCGCGUUGGGAGGGCCAUGAGGGCCAUUCUGGAGAGGGUGCAGCGGCAGACAUGCGGUUGGGUGGGCUCCUCCGUAGUGCACUUGGGAGACAACAACGUGCCUAAUGCGCUUAUGUUCAUCGACAAGUACACGCAGGUUCCAAGGAUCUUGGGGCCUCUCGUUUUGUGUCUCGACAAGCUGCCAGAGCUCAAUAUGCAGCCCGCCCUCAAGGUGUAUUUCGACAAGCAGUUUGGAGGUUUGGAGAAUCUACGGUAA